UUGGUUGUUAUCCUUGCGGGAGGCUUUAUGCUUGCCGCCGCUCUCGAGCCGAGCGCAUUCACAGCGGAAAAGCGGUACGGAAAACUUCAUCGUCCGAAACACCGGUCGCGAAAAGUCGGUGUGAUAGCGAGCGAGUGCUUCUAAGUUCGUUUUUAUUUGGCACGCGCCUAAACCUACAACGAUGGCAUCAACGAUAAAAUGAUAACAGUUUGCGGUGACGGUUACUCGGCGUGGAAUUACAGUGGUACACACGUCCGUCAAUGUAAGCAGACGCAGCAGUAACAUCAACCGCACUCACACAGCAGCACACGCGAUCGCGAUAUCAGAAGAGAUGCUGUGCGGAGGGCGAAAACGCGAGCAGAUCGCGGCGUCGGUAAGUGUUGUUGUGCGCGAGUGGCCCACCCGAUGGCCAGCCAGCAUCGCAGCCGAGCGCGGGAGCAUGCCGUGCCGAGCAGUGUGCGCCACCAGUUAGUCACCUGUGAACGUUCGAGCCAGCCGGAGCAAACAUACUCUUCGCGGCCCUGCUGGCGGAGAUACAUCAUUACGCACAGCGCGUUUUUUCAUCUUUCUUAUGCGGGCGCGCGAUCGGUGUGCGUGUGUAUCAUAAGUGUGUGUGUGUGUGUAACAAACAAACAUCUGACACGUGUGUGAGUGUUCGAUACGUGCGAGAAGAUAACGCCAGACAUAAACGAGCAAAUCCCAGCCAGCGCAACGACGAACGGUGAGGAAAAGAAACAUAAAACGGGAACGUUGGCCUUCUUCGGUGCGCGAAGAGAGCGAACAAGCAACGGGAUCUACCCUGCCGCGAAGGUGAACUUCCCAUUCUUCGCCACGAUCUCGUGUGUGUGUGUCUGUAUGCGAACGAGCGGGCCGAGCGAGUCCGAGUUGCAGCGCUGGUGAAAACGGGCGUUCGUUGCUUGCGGCUAGUUGAAGUUGUUCCAUCGAAAACGGUCGUUCGAUAAAUCGGAAGUGUUAGAGUAAAGUUAGGUGGAUUUUUUGCCCUUCUAUUCUCGCGAUCGCGUGUGUGUGUCUGACAGAAGAGUGUUUCGCGGUUUUAAUUGCUGCAAAACUUUUCCGAUUGAUUUUUAUGUUUGUUUCGCGGAAUUUCCCCACUUCCACGACCAUUGCGUCUUCCAGAAGACUCGUUCCUGGAGGGAUGAGUCAAUCAAUCGCUUGACACGCAACACACAGGUGUCCUCGAUGUUAUUCGCCCGGCAAGCAAAAGCGCACGCGAGAGAAAUCAAAAGAAGAAAGUGCCGUUAGCGAUUGAAUUCUUUCGACUUCCUCGGUGGCGUAGGAUUGCGUCAACCGUACACAGUGCGAGAACGUGUCGGUAUUUCGGUAAGGAACUGUGGGACCUAAACUCUCCCAAAUGCGAUCGUAAAACGAAUAUGUAAAUACCCCAAGCAUCAACCCCACCAUAGCCAACCAUUCUGGGAGCGGGAAUUGUUUCUAAGUGAAGUUAAUUCGGCGUGAUCAUACGCGAUCAUUACAUUGCGUUUUCAAUUGCAAAGUGUCCCACAACACAUCCCACCAGCUGCUCUUGCCGCCUUGAUUCAAUUCGUUUGAGUGCGUGUAGUGUUUCUGUGUGUGUGUACUGUGUAGUUGUCGUACUGGCCGUUUGAUUGAGGCCGAUCUUCCCCUUUUUGGGAGGUGAAGUGAAACGAGAAGAGUUUUGUGCCCGUAAAGCCCCGAAAAAGUGAGUGCAGUGGAGGUUAUUUGGCGACGUGUUAUCGUGUUGCCAUCUUGCCGAAAAUCUCGCAGCCGGCCGAUAGGAUCGCGCUCAAUUACAAUAACAUAAAACGAGUGAUUAAGGUUAAGUGUGUUCGUUCAUAAAUUGGAAAGCAUCAGUUUUUCCACCGACGAGGUCGCGUGAUUUACGGCGUUACCGGGUCAGUGGCAGUGGAGCAAGGGCUCCGGCAACAAAGCAACUACAGCGACGCACAACAGCACAAGGUAACGUACGCGCUUCAUCGGGGAUAGCAAAGAUCACAGACAGCACGUAACUGGGGCACGCUCUAAAGCGAAACAUCAUUACGAGAAGCUCCUCAGCCGCCUACCUGGCCGUUGGCACGUCAUACACAGCACUAAUGGCAAUGACAUUGCCUCUACACGCAUGAAACAAUGAUUACAAGCAGCUAGCUCGCUGGCGGAACUUCUAUCUUCCAGCAACAAUAUCCCGACCAUCGCUGAAUUGACUCUCCACCGAGCGAGCCCGAGCCAGCAUCCCGCAACCCGCAACGAUCUUCAAGGAGAUUGAGCGGAACCGGCGCUGAAGCGAAAAGCACACUGCCCCAUUGCACGGUGGCAUCGAACCGAACCGAUAGGAACCGAACCGGAGCGACGCAGGAGGGCUAGAGCGGCCAGCCCGGAUUUUCCACGGUGCAUCGAAACGAAAGCGAAAAUCCUGAUCUGCACGACUGCAUCGUUUGCCAACCCAUCCGGCGUGGUCCGGCGGAAGCGAAAUAGAUCGCGAACGGUGCGAGAACUAGUGCGCGAAACGACGCGCCGUCUCGGCAGCCUCGGUACGCUUCGGCGAGAGCCAAAUUCGCUCGGAAGUCGGCCGUCGGGCGUUUGCUCCGCACCGUCCGCCUGUGCUGCUGUGGGCUCGCGCGCUAAUCCGGUGCCGAACCUGUAGCAGGACAGAGCUCCCAGAGAUCCACACGCUAGCCUGCACUGUUUGCAGCAGCGUGCAGUGACGACGAACCCCAUUCGGAUUCGGUCGAAGGACACUUCCCCUGGGUGAGGUCACACGUGUGCCCCAUGUCCCAAUGUCCGGUCAGUGAACGGCAAAGGUGAAGGUGUGAAAGUGUGCGCAAACUGUUUGCCAGAAGCAGUCCACGCAGGGCACGAGUCCGUAUGCCGCGGUAAAGGCAGCGACGAUCGUUUACGUUUUGUGUUUAGUGUUGUUUUUAGUUGUUGUUGCGGGUUUCUUUGCACUCAGUCUCUGGCCGAGUCUGCACGGUCACGUCAUGUUACGACGCGGUGCUAGUGGUUGGUGGGUGUCGGUCGGUGCCCUGCUAGUGGUGCUGACCGCCCGGACUACCGUGGUGAUGGCUCAGUGUCCCUGGCAGCGGGAGGUACCCGAUCUGCAAAAUUCGUGCUUAUGUGCCUACAACCUCGGACAGGAACUGUCCGUUCAAUGUGAUCAAGUUGAUUUUCCUGUGUUAGUUGAAGCCUUAGACAAGUAUGCGCGUGCGACGCCGUUGGAUCUGCUGUACGUGAACAACUCCACGAUCGAGCAGCUCGAAGGCGGCCUGUUUGUGAACCUGAAGCUGCACAACGUCCAGCUGAGCAGCUGCAAGAUGCGACGCAUCGACGAUAAAGCUUUCCAGGGACAGGAGGCCGUGCUGAAGAACCUCAACCUGCAGGACAAUCUGCUGGAGGAGGUACCGAUCCGGGCGCUCAAACCCCUGACCAUCCUGAACCUCCUGGACCUGUCGAAGAACCGUCUACAUUCCGUACCGAACGACGCCUUCGCUGGACUGCGCAAGCUGUCCACACUGAAGCUCUCCGACAACAAUGUCACUCUCGCUCCGUUCGCCUUCCGUGGGCUGGAGCCCAGCCUCAAGAACCUCAAUCUGAAAGGCACAAAGCAGAAGCGAGUGCCUGAAGCGGUACGUGGACUACGCACCCUCGCCUUCCUGGAUCUCUCACAGAACGGCAUCCGCGAGCUGCCGGGUGGAGCUGGUGUUAAAUCCUUCGAUGGCCUGGACGCUCUCACCGCACUCAAUCUCGAGCGGAACCUCAUUCAAAGUCUCGGCGAGACGGCCUUUUCGGGAGUGCGGAAGACGCUCAGCUCGCUCAGCCUGCUAAACAACUUGCUGGCCGAGUUCCCGGUCGGUGCCAUUCACUCACUGCGUGAACUGCGCGUGCUUGAUAUUGGUUUCAAUCUGCUCACGGCACUGCCAGAGACAGCUUUCCGGGGCAAUCCGGCCGUGACGCUGCUAGCACUUGACGGUAACCCACUGCCAACUGUGCCGGAGAAAGCGCUGGCGCAUCUUAACCGCACCCUGCGAGGUCUGUCCCUCGGUGGACGCUUCCUGCACUGUGACUGCAAACUGCGCUGGGUGGCUGAAUGGAUCCGAAAUGGUGAUCUACAGGUAACAUCACGCGAACGUAAUCCCCAGUUCUGUGGCUCUCCCAAUCGCUUCCGAGAGCGUGGCUUCUACUCGAUCCAGCCGGAGGAGCUCACCUGCCCCGAGUCGGAGGUAGCACUCGAAGGUCCAGUCGGUGUGGUGGAGUCUCUACUGCCCAAAACAACCACGGCACGUACUACGACCGCCUCCUCUACCGUCACUACACUGCUGACGCAACCGACAACGCUUGGCGGUACGACCAACGCUACAACUGCUGCUACAUCACCUCCAACCACUACGCAGCAAGGAUCUUCGACCUACGCGGUCGAAACUCAGUCUUCCAACAGCACAACGGCACAGACCAGCACAACGCUUACCACAACGACACCGGCAACAACGAAACAAUCGACCACGGCCUCAACGGCUACUGCUGCUGCUGCUGCCACGACCACAACGACUUCGAAAACGCCUGCAACGAAGAACUGGCGCACGAACGGUGCAAGCAAUAACGCGCCUCCCCACAAGCAGCGACCUCCGCUUGUGCUAGGUUUCCCACCACAGCGAGGUACUCAGAUCGAUGACUCCAAGGAGGUGCAGGUUAAGAACGCUUUCAGUUCACGCCAGGACAACUCGGUCAUCAUCCAGUGGGACUCGGACACGGCCAACAUUCUCGGCUUCCGCGUGGUCUACCGUCUGUUUGGCGACAAGAGCUUCAAGCAGGGACCGCCGCUAGAGGCGAGCGAGCGCGAGUUCAAGAUCAAGAACGUACCAUCGGCCGAGUGCAUCAUCGUGUGCGUUGUGUCACUCGAGGAGAUCAACGUAACGCCCGACACCGUGCCUUACACCCAGUGCCGGGAGGUGCGCACCGUAGCGUCGCCAGCGUCCAACAUGGACAAGAUUACGAUCGCAGCUAGUGCGGCGAUCUGCGGCACGAUCAUUGUCGCGGUGAUCGUCUUCAUUGCCGCCAGCAGAAGACGCUCGAAGAAGCUGCAGUCCCUGUCGCAGCAGAAGAGCGCACUGCCGAUCGCAGGCCUGCCCGUCAACUGCUGCGGACCGACGCCGAGCCCGAACGGGCCGCUCGGUUCGCUCGCCACGCUGUCCGCAUUCAACUCGCACAAGGACUGGGACCAGGUGUCGGCGUACAGUGGCCGCUCGAUACCGCGGCCACGCAUCUACCCGAUGGAGAACCAGGCCAUCCCGGACGAUCUGCGCAGCCACGUGUCGCACUUUUCGGCCGUCGGCGGUGGUGGUGGUGGCGGCGUUCCGAAGGUGGGCAAGGCACGCUCGAUCGCGGACGGACAGUCGCACCACAGCUUCUCCAACCACUCGCAGCGCGGCUAUCUCGGGUCGGCCUUCCCGAGCAAUCUGGUGAACUCUCGACCAGGUAAGGGAUGGUUGUGUUUGCGUCAACACUACAUCAGUGUAUUGAUUGAGCGUUGUUUUUUGUCUUCGACAGAGCUAAGACAGUCGCGGCAGUCACUGGCAGCCGCGUCGGAGCGCAUGUCCCGAGCGUCCUAUGCCGGGUCGAUCGUGCACGGACCGGCCCACAGCAUCGCUUCCAGCACGAGACGCACCCGGCCAAGGUCCCGAUCGCGGGAUCAGCUUAGUGGAGCGCACAUUCACACCCAUCAGCAUCGUCCCGGCAGUCGCUACUCCACCGCCGGCUCGACCCACACGCUCAACAACUACUGCGACACGUCCGACAACUGGACCGACCACGACAUGGACAUCUACAUGGCGCGCAACCCGACGGCCCGCAACGGCGGCAUGGUGCCGUUAUGAGACCGGCUGCUCGUUUCCUGAUACGGCGAUCCGGCACACGAUUACGGCGAACUUUUCUGACAGCGACUACCCGCCGACGGCCGGACGGUUGCGGGGCGCUGCCCCACGAUCGACGACCGCCGGCCGACCCUGACGCUGAUCGUGCCGGACGCUCCGUCUAGCGGUGGUGCAGCCGGGCCCGACGAAGCCCCGCCCGAGUACAGCGAAAUCAACGAGCACGAAACGAUGAUCCCACUGGCCACGACGAUGCGACGGUGCGACUACACCGGGCCUGCUCGAACGCCCCAGCCACGGUUGAAGGUGCGCGACUGUCGGCCAACUACGCCACCGCUGGAGAGUCUGCUCGGUUCGCCCAGCGGUCCCGGGUACGUCGAGCUGGAGAACUACUGCAAUCGGCUGAAGGAGAACCUGCAGUACUGAGGGAGUUUUCUUUUGGAUUUUUUUUUUUUUUGGAAAACGGGGGUAAGGGUGAACUAAAUGUAACAGUGGUGGGGACGGCGGUACGUUACGGUGUCCUCCAAAGGGUUUAGCAGUUAGCAAACGUUAGGCAAUAAUAUACUUGUAAAACAAGCCAGUCUCUUUGACGAGUGCACAAGCAAGAGAGAUCGAGAGAGAGAGAAAGAGAGAGAGAAAGAGAGAGAGAUCGGGAUAACAUAUAAUAUUUAAAAUCACUAUUCGUAAACAUUUCAAUGACCAGUUAAGAGUAUAAGUAUAAUUGUAGAGCGUUGAGAGAGACACAGAGAGAGAGGGAGCUGUAGUUUAGUCGAAUUAGAAGCGAAGGAAGCGCGUCGUAUCCUAAAGAAGCAUAACAAAUGCUGGGCCUUUCUUAAGAGUAGCCGUAAGAGUAGUGAAGCGAGUGAACUAUAAACGAAUCGACCGGCGACUGAGACACACCUAAGACGUGCGUAGCUAAGAUUUCAACACAUGCAAAAGACACACGCACACACAUAUCAUCCACAUAUGCUUCCGAAAGGGAAGCGAAAUUAACGAAACAAAAUGACCCAAACCCCGUAGCAAUUUAAACUUGUCGGAUUGUAUGAAAUAAUAAGCACAAAUAGCAAGGGCAAAUAGUCGCACGGCUGGCGAGCAGUGUUAAUAGAAAGCAUACAGCGAUAACGAUUCAUCCCAAAAAGAAGAAGAAGGAAAAAACGCACCCAGAAAGCGGAAUAGGGGAAAAAACACGGAUAUUUAGGAUGAUGCAAUACAGUUUGUUUCGUACACAUGCAAACAUUCGGAGCAAAGCGGGCUUUCACAAUAUGUACUCAUCCCAGUUUCUCUCACCCUUCUCCUACACGUUCGUCCUACUUCCAACCACAACAUACCCUCCCACCCCACACCGCGAAAGCGAAGGUGCGAUGUAACCGUAUCCUGUAAAUAAUCAUCGCAACCUUCCUUUCCGGGAAAAUAAACCUCCCCAGCGUUUCCUUCACACGCUAUUAUCGCAUUGGUUUCUGCCCUGUGGCGUGUUAUGCAUUAUGGCUCUGCUUUUUUGGUUCUGUACUGUUUUGUGUUUUGUUGGGUUUUCCCCCCGAAUUGGGUUCUAGUUUUUCUUACAAACAUCAUAAAACAAAACAAUGUUUCGCUUUGUUUUACUUUAUUUUUCAUUUUUCUGAGACUUUCUCUUUACUUUUCUAUGUUUGUUUGAAAAAUAAAAUGUUGAUUUAAAGGCUUUCAUCGCUAAAUUUCACGCACACUGUAACAUUUCAAAACAACGGACCAAAUAGCAAUGUCAGCAAUGUAGGAAUGUAGUUUGGUGCAGUGAGCUCAUUUAUUUAAUCUCUUCUCUACAAUUGAAAUAACCCAACGAAUGGAACUGUUGAACGGGUCGGAUGGAUGUCCGAAAAAAAACCCUCCAAACUCCAUUCCAUCGUUGGGGUAUUUUAAUUAUUUGCUCAGUAUUCUCAGUAGUUUGCGAUGCAGGCGCUAAGGUUUUAUUUAUUUCGCGCUGCUUUUUUAUACAAAACUACCAAAACCCCGUGAUCCCUUUUCCUCCUCGAUAUGAACGAUAUGAAUACACAGUUGUUAAGUUUGUUCGUAAAUUACAAGUGUUAGAGUGUUAGAUCACCGUCGUCACAUCACCGUCGUCGUCGUCGUCGUCGUCUUCGUCGUGUGCUAAACCUAUGUUAAACAUUUGAUAGUUAACAAGCGAUCGACGGGAAAUCUUCGGAAAGACUUCUGCAUAGCGUUAAGAUGCACAGCGUACGAUCACAUACAAGCAUCGCAAUACGAUGCUUUAUUGUUUGUGUGUUUCCGGCGAAUGUGGGCAGAGAAUUGUAGUUCGUUUCUAAGUACAGUGCAAUUCCCAAACCGAUUGUCGAUUAGUAACAAAAUCUAAGUAUAGCAAAACAAUCGAUAUAGCACAAUGUAACCAGUAACAUCAAAUCAAAGGUCUAAAAAUUGGGUUUAAGAUAGUGGGAUUGGCAUAGGACGCGGGAGGAACUAAAGAUGGUGGAUAUGGUUAAAACCUAGCGAUAAGUAAUUACUGAACUGUACAUAGAGUAAUGCUAGCUGUUUUGUAAGACAAACGAACAAAUUGAAACGAAAUAUUUAACCCCUGGUGUGUAUUAGGUGUUGUUUGUUUGUUUUGUUUCUUCGUCUACAGAUAGAUGGAAAGGGCCUUUACUGCGUGUGCAGCACUCAUUUGCCCCUCCCAACCCAAAACAAAAAACGAAGAAAAUCAAAAACGAUUCGGUUUAAAAAAAAAAAGCAAGAAAGAGAAGGCAGAACAAAGUGCAACUAAAAUUCAGCAUUAGCAAUUAAACAUCAAAAUUAAUGUCCGUACACCAAAUAUUGAUAGACAACGCGAAAGGUCGAGAAAGAAACACGUUAAGAGUGGCGUAACUUAUUUUUAACACAUUCAAAGCGAAAAGGAAGUGCAUUAGAGGUACUGUGUAUGUGUGUGUGUAGGUUUGUGUGAAGGGAAACCACUGUAGGAUCUAUUUUUGUACGUAAAACCAACAGAAAACCACUGGAAAAAAUACUCAACAUCAAGCAUUAGCUAAGGGACGUGCGGCGCGCAACCAGCUGAAGCUUUCCGCCGGUUGCGUAUCCCCACGUGUCCGGGAAAGGUGCUUGCGCAUGAUGCAAAUCGUAGCCUUAUUUCAUUCAAUUUACGCACUGCACUAGUAGCAACGGUCGCAUUCAUCUAGCUAUAUAUAUAUAUAUAGAUAUGUGAAAGUGUGUGUGUUGGAGAGAGCGAGAGAGAGCAGGGUAAAUAGGUAGGCCAUGCAAUGUUUAAAAGAUUGCAGAAAGGACAGCAAACGGCAGGUCAAUUGAUUGAUUGCUUUGCGUGAUGUGUUGAAACAAUACCCAUGCAACUCCCUGUAAGCGCCACGUGGUCGUGAAGGAAGCGUGACCAAUAACUGCUAGUGUGUAAUAGUGUAAUAUGACUAAUUAAGGGUAGGAAACGGAAACGUUACUCUCGUUUAUUUUUGAGUAGAUAUCUUUUUUCUCCCAUUUCGCCGUUGGAAACUGAUGUCAGGUUUUCCGUUGUCGGUACGCUCCCUCCAAUCCCCAUCUUCUCCCAAUUCACCCACCCACCCAUCAUCAGCUCAUUCCAAACCCACCCUUCAUCCCUUCAACCCGAUACGAAAACUUGACAUUACAUGAAGACGGGAAAAUGAACACAGUUGAAAGUUAACAUUUGAAAGGAGGCGAAGAAGAAGGAAAACGAAACGAUGUUGUAAAGUUCUGAUAGAAGCAUCAUCCAUCGCUAGUGUUAAGGUCGUUAGGAUGGCAUCAUUAAUAAUAGCCACAAACACACAUACACACGCACUGUCUCUCUUUCUCUCUCUCACUCUGUACCCUCUAAAUCUCCGUUUGGUGUAGUAAUCGAACGAUUUAAUUGUUAAAACUAAUCCUUAUCCCCCCCCUUUGCGAUCGAUCCACAUCGGACGGGAGGCGGGGGAACGGGAUAAAAACCAAGUGCAAUGAGGAAAGAGCGGACUACUACUAAGAGAAGUGUGCACGAGACGGCGAGAACGAGAUGAGUUAGCUCGAAUAAUAUUUAUACAAUAUACACAACUAGAAACAUACACACAGACACACCCGCGUAUAUAUUUAAACGAAAAGUAAAACAGAACCCCCCGAGGUGCGCCACAAACGCUAUAAAUUCCCACUCCCAGGCAAAUUAAACAAAAGCUAAAACGAAAACGCAAAAGCGCCAACCCCUGCUGUACGCCAGGCGGACACACGCAUUAAAUACAAGCUGUAUAUAACAAUAAUCAAAUCAAUAAAGAUCAAUUUAAAUGAUAA